AUGGCUUCACGUGUUAACAUCGUUCAAGUCCAAAUUCUCGAUAAUCCAGCGAUGUUUGUCGACAAGUUCAAAAUGGAGAUCACUUUUGAAGUUUUUGAGCACUUACCACAUGAUCUCGAAUGGGAAUUGGUGUACGUUGGAUCUGGAACCUCCCGAGACUUCGACCAAGUUCUCGAUUCCGCGCUCGUUGGCCCGAUUCCUGAAGGACGUCACAAGUUUGUCUUUGAUGCAGAACACCCGGAUAUCUCAAAGAUUCCAGUCGAGGAUAUUGUUGGUGUCAGUGUGCUUCUCCUUCGUUGCAAGUACAACGAUCAGGAGUUCAUCAAUAUGGGAUGGUUUGUGGCAAAUGAGUACACCGACGAAGAGCUCAAAGAGAAUCCGCCUGCAAAGCCGCUCAUCGAAAAGCUUUCCCGUAAAAUCGAAACCGAAGAUCUUCGCGUCACCACAUUCCCAAUUCGGUGGACUGAUGAGGAUCCAGUCGCCGAGCCGGUUGAUGAAGAGGCAAACAAAGUAUUCGAUGAGGAUGAUCUUAUGCCAUUGCAUGAUGAUGGGCAGGAUGAUGACGAGGAGGAAGAGGACGAUGAUGAGACGGGUCCCAAUACUGAAGAAGUUGACUUGAACGAGAGCUUCAACGAACGAAUGGCGAAUGCACAUGACGGAACGGAGCAAAAGAACGGAGAAGAAAGUAUGGAACACGAUGGAGCAAGUGGAGAUGUUGAAAUGGGUGAUAAACACUGAUACGAAAGCUACCGAAUCGAUGGUCGAUCCCCUUUCCGAUACAACAAAACGCGAUUUCAGAUCUGGUUAAUUUGUAUUUAAAUAUUGCUUUCUUAACUUGCAUUUUUAUUCAUCUCCGAUACUCACUAUCAGUUACUGUAAGAUUUUUGAAUUGCAUCUAAAAUUACUUCACUUUUUAUUCAAAGUGUCAUAUAUGUCAAAUUGCCUUUAAAGGAGAUUUUAGUUUUCUGAAAUGAAGUUGCUUUCCGUUCGU